GAGCCGCGUCUACAGGGCCCCCCCAGACCUCCCGCUGCGCCCGCCAGCUCCACCUCCAGACCGCGCGCCGCGAAGCGCCCUGCCCCACGCGCCCCCUCCAACCAGGCACCCGGACCACCCCACCUGCGCCCAGCCCAAUCCCUCCACCCAGCCCCUGGACCGCCCGCUGCGCCACUGCAAAAAUCCAGAGCGCCCGGAGCCAGUGCUGAACAUCCGAAUACCGAUCGUCCAGGGUUUCGUUUCGUUUAGCCAGUCUGGCGCUACUUGCUGUUUGUCUCCAAACACGGUUUCUUUGCCUCUUUGGACUUGCGGCUAGUUGAACCAUGGUGACAACUCCCGCCCGUGCUUUCGAGGCCCUCAUGCAUGGAGUGACCAGCUGGAAUGUCCCCAAAGGCCCCAUCCCAUGUGAACUGCUUCUUACUGGAGAGGCCUCCUUCCCAGUGAUGGUGAAUGACAAGGGCCAGGUCCUCAUUGCUGCCUCCUCCUAUGGCCAAGGCCGCCUGGUGGUGGUGUCCCAUGAGGGCUACCUGCUGGAUGCUGGCUUGGCUCCAUUUCUUCGUAAUGCGGUGGGUUGGCUCUGUCCCUCACCUGGGGCUCCCACUGGAGUGCACCCAUCCCUGACAUCACUAGUAAGUAUCCUGCAGGGCUGUGGGGUUCAGGCACAAGUUCAGCCAGAAGUGGGGGCCCCUGUGGGGGUUUACUGCAUCGAUGCCUACCAUGAUAUGAUGACUGCAGAGCUGAUCCAGUUUGUGAAAUGUGGAGGCGGCUUGCUCAUCGGGGGCCAAGCCUGGCAUUGGGCCAGUCAGCAUGGUCCUGACAACGUGCUGUCCAGGUUCCCCGGGAACCAGGUGACAAGUGUGGCCGGAGUGUACUUCACCGACAUCUAUGGGGACACAAGCCGGUUCAAGGUCUCUAAGAAGAUACCCAAGAUCCCACUCCACGUCAGGUGUGGGGAGGAUCUGAGGCAGGAUCAGCAGCAGCUCCUGGAAGGGAUCUCAGAGCUGGACAUCAAGACGGGGGGAGUCCCCUCGCAGCUGCUGGUGCACGGGGCCCUCGCCUUCCCUCUGGGGUUAGAUGCCUCGCUCGGCUGCUUCCUGGCAGCUGCCCGCUAUGGCCGGGGCCGGGUGGUCCUGGCUGCCCAUGAGGCCAUCCUCUGUGCUCCCAAGCUGGGGCCCUUUUUGCUCAAUGCUGUGCGCUGGCUGGCCAGAGGCCAGACGGGCAAAUUGGGGGUGAACACACAUCUAAAGAACCUGUGUGCCCUCCUGUCAGAGCAUGGCCUGGAGUGCAGUCUGCAGCCCCAUCUGACGCAUGACUUGCGUGUCUACUGCUGUGUGGCUUACAGUGACCAGGAGGCUAAGCAGCUGCAGGAGUUUGUGGCUGAGGGUGGGGGCCUGCUGAUCGGGGGCCAGGCCUGGUGGUGGGCCUCCCAGAACCCAGGCCGCUCUGCUUUGGCUGGUUUCCCCGGUAACGUUAUCCUCAACUGCUUAGGCCUCAGCAUCCUAGCUCAGACCCUUGAUGCAGGCUGUUUCCCUGUCCCUACCCCCGAGAUGUGGAGCUACCACUUCCGCAAGGCGCUGUCCGAUUUCCAGGCUGCAUUGAGCCAUGGGGCUGGGAACUUGGAAAAGCGCUGGCUGGCAAAGCUGGGAGCAGAUGGCGCAGCCUUCCUACAGAUCCCUGCAGAGGGGGUCCCUGCUUACAUAUCCUUGCACCGACUCCUGAGGAAGACCCUGCGUCUGUCAGGCCUCCCAGCUGUGAGCCGGGAGCACCCUGUGGCUGGUGACUCCUUUGAGGCUGCAGUGCUCUGCCUGGCCACGGAGCUGGCACACUCUGGGACCGACUGCUCCCAGCUAGUACAGGAGCUUGGAACCUGGACCUGCAGCUCUGGACACCCCAUCACUGUGGAGAUCGAUGGGAGCAACCCAGGCCACUGUGAUGCCUGGGUGAGCACUGGGCUCUACCUCCCAGGUGAACAGAGUGCAGAAGUCUCACUGUCUGAAGCCGCAGCCUCUGCCGGCCUGAAGGUACAGAUUGGCUGCCACACUGAUAACUUGACCAAGGCCAGCAAGCUGUCUCGAGCCCCUGUGGUGACUCAUCAGUGCUGUAUGGACAGGACCAUACGAUCCAUCUCCUGCCUCUGGGGUGGCCUUCUCUAUGUCAUCGUGCCAAAGGGCAGCAAACUGGGCCCCAUAUCUGUCACCAUCAAGAGGGCUGUGCCUGCCCCAUACUACAAGCUGGGUAAGACAUCUCUGGAGGACUGGAGGAACUGUAUCCAGGAGAGCACAGCUCCCUGGGGAGAGCUGGCAACAGAUAAUAUCAUCUUGACGGUGCCGACUGCAAACCUGCGAGCCCUGGAGGACCCUGAGCCAGCGCUCCGCCUCUGGGAUGAGAUGAUGCACGCGAUAGCCCGGCUAGCAGCCCGGCCUUUCCCUUUCUGCUGUCCCGAGAGGAUUGUUGCUGAUGUGCAGAUCUCAGCUGGCUGGAUGCACUCAGGAUACCCCAUCAUGUGCCACCUGGAGUCGGUGCAAGAGCUCAUCAAUGAGGCAGGCAUGAGGAGCACGGGUCUGUGGGGACCCAUCCAUGAGCUGGGUCACAACCAGCAGCGACAAGAGUGGGAGUUCCCGCCACACACCACUGAGGCUACCUGCAACCUCUGGUCUGUCUAUGUGCAUGAAACAGUCCUGGGCAUCCCCAGGGCUAGGGCCCACCCUGCUCUGAGCCCUCCAGAACGAAAGAAGAGAAUCAAAAUGCACCUGGGAAAAGGAGCCCCCCUGCAUGACUGGAAUGUGUGGACAGCUCUGGAAACAUAUCUACAGCUCCAGGAGGCCUUUGGGUGGGAGCCGUUCACCCAGCUCUUUGCUGAGUACCAAACACUUUCUGGCAUCCCCAAAGACAAGGAUGGCAAGAUGAAUCUGUGGGUGAAGAAGUUCUCUGAAAAGGUGCAGAAGAAUCUGGCUCCAUUCUUUGAGGCCUGGGGCUGGCCUGUCCAGAAGGAAGUGGCAAACAGCCUGGCCUGUUUGCCUGAGUGGCAGGAAAACCCCAUGCGGGUGUACAGGCAUCCUCAGAAGUAAACGACGUGCAGCAAGGUGGUGGGGGAGAGGCAGUUAGGUCAUAAGACAAAAUGACACCAACUUUCUCAGGAAAAUGCCUUUGUUACUGUUCCCGUUUGUACUGUUGCUCUCACUGCCUUGUUUCACCGCCCUAAUCCUCCAGCAGAGGAUCUUACAUCUGCAUAUCUUAAGGUCCUGCAGGCUCUCCGCUCCUACUUUUGACCAACAGUUCUUUUUUUAUUUUUAAGAUUUUAUUUACUUGAGAGAGAGAGAGAGAGAGCACAAGAGAGCGAGCAUGAGCAGGGGGAAGGGCAGAGGGAGAGAGAGAGAGAGAGAGAGAGAUGCAGACUCCCCGCUGAGCAGGGAGUCAGAUCAUAACCUGAGCCAAAUGUAGAUGCUUAACCGACUGAACCUGCCAGGUGCCCCUUGAUCAACAGUUCUAAAGACUAUGGGUUACCAUAAUAAUCUGAUAUCACUCCUCACCCCUGCCAGCCCUGAACAUGGCUGGUAAUUUCUUAUGCUUUGGGAAGUUUCCUAAUGGCAAGAGAGACAGGCUGAUAUAGAGAGAGCCCUGAACUUGCUUUGGUACUAUGGAAAAUCUCUUAAAAAGUCUCUGUCUAUGCUUCUGUAUUCUCAUCCAUGACAUGGGGAUAAAAGUAUGGUGUUUGAUAAUGGUAAACAUGUUCAUCCACUGCAAUAUGCAUACACAUGCAAGGGUAUUCUUUAGCUUUUGCCAGGGCCCAUGGUGGUCUGUCUGGACAACCUGAAAACUGAAUCCCACUUCAGAGUUGGCCACCUUGAGGUGGGCAUGUAGUCUCUGCGUAAGAGUGUUUAAUGCAUUAUCAGUGUUGUUCCAGACAUGAUAUCACUGAUAGUUAUUGAGAUCCUAGCCUGUCCUUUGUCCCUUCUCCCACUUCUGGAAGGAUUCUUGGGUAUGACCUAACCCAAAGAACUGUGUAAACUCAAAAGAGACAGUAUAAAGACUACCUGGGUGGCUCAGUCAGUUAAGUGUCUAACUCUUGAUUUCAACUCAGGUUGUGAUCUCAGGGUAGUGAGAUCAAGCCCUGCGUGGGGACUGCACGCUCAGCAGAGAGUCUGCUUCUCCCUCUCCCUCUGCUCCUCCCCCUGCUCACUCACCCUUUCUCUCUCUCUAAAAUAAAUAAAAUCUUAAAAAAGAGAGAGAUGGUAUAAACUCAAACUGGUUGUCACAAAGCCACUUAGUCUUCUUGGUUAGUUCCAUCUUCUAGUACUUUUGUUUCAACCAAAAGUAAAUGUCACAUCGCUUCUCGGCCUUUUGGCUAAGAUCAAGUGUAAAAGUAAAUGUCACGUAGCAAAGCCUGCCAAGUCCACCAGCCUGUUUGUUCUUUGCACAGAAUAGGCAACUGACCCCUCUGGUCACCACAGAAUCAAGGCGGUGUCUGGUGUUAACGGCAGCUGUGAUGAGAAGUCCGCCUGCACAACAGGUUUCGCUUGGGACCAGGAUUAUUCUGGGCGCAGCAGACCAAAUUAAUCCACAACGCAGCCUCCCUGAGCUUUCACACAAUCCAUUCCAACCCAUCCCAACUCUUUGGCUAGGUGGAGUUCUCAUUAGACCUCCAUCUCCAGGAUUAAUGAUGGGGUGUGGCCAUUUUUCCCUAGCUUGCUUUUAAACCAUAUUUUUGUCAUGUUGAAUAGCAUUCCAUGAGCUGUGUUCAGAGCAGAGUGGCUCCUCAGAAGGAGAAGUGAUGGAGGGAAUGUCUUUUUAUGAAUCCCAUCAUCCUCCUACUGAUUCUAGGAUAAUUUCCUUUUAUUCCACUACUAUCCUUUGCCAGGUGCUUUUCACAUGAAAGGCACACAAUAAACAUUUGUGAAUGGAAAGAACAGUGAUGACACCUAGCACACAAUGACAGUCAGUCUGUCCCAGGCAUAGCGUGGGGUGUUUUCUAUGAGCUAGCCCAUGGAAUCUUCACAACAGGCCUUAGAAGCAGCUACUCUUAUUAUCCCCACAUCAUAGUUGAGGAGACAGAUGUCUAGGGAUAUUAAAUAACUCUGAAGUAACCAAGCUAAUAAGAGGAAGAGUCAGGGCUUGAGUGAAACCCCCAGCAAUGAAAAAAAUCCUCCACGAAGACUUAGAAUUUAAACAAAAAUUCACCUAGAAAAUGGAAGCUCACCAAACUUCUGAUUUAGCUCAUGUUAACUACUGAAUUUUUAUUAAAUAUCAAAUUUAACCUCCAAAAAGAUAUUGGUACCUGAUUUUCUGGUUGUCUCCACAUAGGAUUAGCCUCCCUAUAGGUAGAGGAAAGAUUUGAACCCAGGAAAUUCAACUUCAGAACUGGUGGUCUUAACCAUGACGUUAAGGAGGAGUACAUGGAUGGAAAAUACUGGGUUUGAGAGGUUGCCAUAGAGACAAAGACAAAAACCUGACUGCUCCCCACACUCUCUGUAGUGGCAACUAGAACCUUCCCCUUCUUAAAAGGGGAAGCUCUGCUGCUUGUUUCUAAGUUCACAGUUAGUUGUAACUGUGACUGUCUCAGGGCAUUCUGUAUUCCAGAGUAUAUUUGCUCACAAGCAUGUGAAUGUAGCCAUGAUAAAUCAUCAAUAAAUGCUGUUUGCCAGGAACUGUUA